UUUUCUCCUUUUUUUUUUUUUUUUCACCUUUUUCCCCCCACUUUAACAAAGUGUGAGACAUCGCCAGGGAGGGGGAAGUAGACAUGCCUCAGCUCAGCAGCGGCGGCGGGGACGACCUGGGAGCCAAUGAUGAGAUGAUAGCGUUCAAAGACGAAGGGGAACAGGAGGAGAAAAUCCAAGAAAACGCGUUCACGGAGCGAGACCUGGCCGACCUCAAGUCCUCUCUGGUGAACGAGUCGGAAAUAAAUCAAAGUCCGAGCGCAGCGGCGAUCAGGCGGGGACAGCAGGGUGAGCAGAGGAGCUUCGCAGAGAAACAUCGGGAGCAUCUCGAUGGCGUGUCCAAGCAGCAGGAUGGAGGCAUGUACAAGACGCCGGCAUAUCCUGGGUACCCGUUCCUGAUGCUGCCUGACCCCUACCCCAGCUCAGUUUCUACAUCUUCCAACAAAGUUUCGGUGGUGCAGCAGUCUCACGGGAUGCACCCUCUGACGUCUCUACUACCCUAUGGCAACGACCACUUCAGCCCAAGUCCUCCACACCUGCCCACAGACAUGAGCCAGAAGACAGGCGUUCACAGGCAUCAGUCCCAGGACCUUUCAGGGUACUACUCCCUCCCUCCAGGCGGUGUUGGUCAGAUCACUCCCUCCAUGGGCUGGCAGAGAGAGCCCGUCUAUCCUGGCCUGUCCCCCUGUGGAUUCAGGCCGUCCUACUCCUCCAACCUCCCCGGCGCCUCCUCCUACCCCAGGUUCCCUCACUCUCUGAUGCUCGGCCCAUCAAGCAUGCAUCCGACAGGGAUCCCCCACCCAGCCAUAGUGCCCCCUACAGGCAAACAAGAGCACGACCAGUAUGACAGGGGCAUGUAUGUGAAGCAGCAGGUGGAGCCCAAGCGGGAGAAAGAGCCCAAGAAACCGGUCAUCAAGAAACCACUGAACGCCUUCAUGCUCUACAUGAAGGAGAUGAGGGCAAAGGUCAUUGCGGAGUGCACGUUAAAGGAGAGCGCCGCCAUCAACCAGAUUCUGGGCAGGAGGUGGCAUGCACUGACCCGGGAGGAACAGGCCAAGUACUACGAGUUGGCCAGGAAAGAGAGACAACUCCACAUGCAGCUCUACCCGACCUGGUCCGCCAGAGACAACUACGAGGCGGGCCUUAGCGGGGUCGCGGGGGAAAAGAAUAAAGCCGAUUGGGGCAAGAAGAAGAGGAGAAAAAGGGAGAAGCAGCAGGACUCCAACACAGACCCCGGUUCUCCUAAGAAAUGCCGGGCUCGCUUUGGCCUCAACCAACAAACGGACUGGUGCGGUCCUUGCAGGAGGAAAAAGAAGUGCAUUCGCUACCUUCAAGGAAGAGGCUGCCCCAGCCCAACUUCUUCAGAUUUAAGUGCUAUAGACUCUCCCCCGUCCUCCUCCCCGUCCCGCCUCCCUCUCUACCACCAGCGGCAGCGGCCGUCCUCCCCGGGCUGCUCGCCGACCACGCCCACCUCCCCGUCAACGCGCCUGCCGCUGUCUCCGCCGCCGCCGUCGCUCACGCGCUCACACUCGUCCCUCCAACAGUCGGCUGCCCGACACGGCCACGUCCGGCAGCCCGCGUCCAAACACACACACCUGGAACUGUGCGGCAGACGCGGCUCGCCUGCGGCGCUGUCUGCCGCCAAGGCCGCAGGACUUUCCCUCAAAGUGCUAACAGAGACUCAGUGAUCACUCCACAUCAUUCCACGACUUGUCACAUGUUUCGUUCUCCACCUCCCCCCCCCCAGCGUCAGGUCAGCUUUUCUCACUCUGGGUUUUAUCCAGAGUGUGUGUGUGUGUUUCUGGGCUGCCAUUCACGGGUCAACGAGGCUGACUCUUUCCUCAAAGCCUCCUUUUACGUGGUCACUUCUUUAAAGAAUACUUAAAACACAUAAUAAACCAGAUCAGUCAGUGCAGGAGGUUACUGUUACAAGCCUUUAGUUAAUCACAGUGUUAAAGGUCCAGUGUGUAACAUUUUGGAGGGAAAUUAAUCCCAUUAGUAUGUUUGUUUAUAAGUGUAUAAUCACUUUACAAUAAAAAUGGUUUGGUUUUCUUAAAUCUUUACAAGUAGUAUCUUAUCUUGCUUUUCCAUUACCGAUUUUUUUUAGUACCGGCUCAGGCUCCGCUCUUGCAGGACGUACCGAACGACUCUGUGAACACGAACAUGAUUCAGUUACACUGAAAACAAAGUCAGUCGUCACUCGUGUGUGUGUGUGUGUGUCGCGUAUAGUCACGGCAGUUUCACGCAGCCGUGCAGUGAUGACUCCGCCCACAUCGAGGAGGUACUACUGUAUACUCAUGGAAAACCAGCCAAACCAUGUAGAGUAGAGUGGAAAAGUGCCAUUAUAUGUACUUUAGGCAAGGGUCCAGCUUUAAAGAGGCCACCAUCUUGUUUCUACGGCAGCCCCGAAUGGACAAACCAGCCAGAACGACCACGUACUACACAAUUGAAGAACAACAACAUGUUCUCCAGUAUCACGUGAAGGUCACAGUAGUUCCCCAACCUUUGUGACAGUCUCACCGUUAGAUGUCACUCAUUCUUACACACUGGACCUUUUUAUUUAUGUUUUAAGACGCACAAACAAAUACAGAUCGGCAGAACGACAUUUUAACAGUGCGCUGUCUUGCGUUCACCAAAAUGAGAAUUAUUUCAGAUUGUUUCGUUCAGAAGUGAGUAUUAGACUCAAGUCCAGACUCUGACUGAAUCCCACCUGCUCCAGACCACACUAUCACAUCCACUUCUACAGAGGCACAAAUCAUCUGGUUCCCUGGUUUCAUCUCCUGCUCUUUGAACUUUGUGAACGUUUAAAAAAAGACAAAAAAAAAACAAAACACUCACUUCUGGUUGCUUGUUGUGCCGCUGAGCCUGUGCUUUGACCUCCAUGACAAUCAUGAAAAUGCAGUAAAUGAGCUCUUAAUCCAACCAACCAUCAACACAGGCUCGGGCCUUCACCUGCAGAGACACGUCGAGUAAUUACAGCUCAUGUGGCGUCGACGUGCUGUCGCAUGUUUUCCGCCGCCCCCUUUCUUCUAAAUUAGUGUAACUCGCCGUCACAUUUUUUAUUACCCUUCAUCAUCACAGUUACUGAGACCAAACCACGGAAUCGAGAGCAACAAGCAGCCUGACCAGCACAACUUCCACCUCCAUCGCUGCCUUUUUUUUUUAAAUUUUACUUCUAUUUCCAAAUAUUUCAGCUCCUUUGACUCCGAAUAAAAACUCAGCAGUCGGUCAAAGUGGCUCAGAAUGACACCAGCAAUCUCCAUGAUCCUUUUUUUAGGCACUUUCAUUCUCCCACUUCUGCUCCGUUUCCUCCUAGUUUGAGGGCAACUUUGUGCAAAUCAAAAAGAAAAAGAAAGACUUUUAUUAUUAUUUUUGGCAUAUUAUUUGUGUAGAUAAAUAAUAAUUAUUUUUUCCUAUUACACAUUUUCACAGCUCCAUAAACUAAAUCAGAGAGAGACCAAAUGGGUACUAUUAUAUUGCAUUGUGUUGUAAAGUUUUUUAAAUGUUUGGAUUCCCUAUUAUAAUUAAACUUUUAUAUGUUUUUAUGUAAAAAAAAAUAAAAGAAAAAAGGUUUAAUAACUUUAAAGAAAAAGAAAAAAACAUUUCUUAAAGCAAUACAUUUUGUUUGUCAUGUGCAGUUUUUACUUUUCGGUCAUGUUACUGCGGCAGAAUUCACAUUUUUUGUGCAUGUUCCAAAUUCAGUGUAACAAAGGCUUUUAUUUUGUGUUCUGCUCACAGCUCCUGACUCAGGACGAGCUGUUCCAUUUCCCCUCCAGCAGAGAGCGCUCUUGUGCUAGAAAUAGCUUGUUUAUUUUGACGUCAAACAUGUCUUUUUUUGUAUUUUUUAUGCCUCAAACGCCUCUGACGUAUUACUUGUUUCUUUUUUUUGUUUGUUUGAUGUAAUAAAAGUGUUUUGAAUA